GGUUCUGGUUGUGGUUCCAUGUCAAGCUCUGGUCACUCGGUAUUCAGUCUUCAGCGUAGCUCGAUCGCGAAAGAUGUGCGCCGCGAGCGGCGCUCCCAAUUCCAACAAUCCAGCCAAUUUUGCUUCGGAUAAGAGGGGAUAAGACGCUUCGAUUGAUUGGCGCCAUGUGCUGUUGGUGUGCACGUGUCUACUGGACGGUUCUGCACAAUCUUCUGGUUCGCCUGCUGGACAGUCUGACGGAACUAAGGUCACCUGUCUGCUGUAGCUGCUGUUUCGGCUAUCAGAGACAGGCCAGUGAAGAAGGUGACGUCGCAGAACGGGUUUCCAGCACAGAUGACGAUCCACACCAGCAGCCCCAUCAAGAUUACGUCAUUGAGGAAGACUCAGACGCCUUUUAUGCGGAGAUAGAAGAGCGGCACGUGGAGAAGGAGCAGUACUACUUUACGGUGGAUCGACCUACGGCGGAGCGCAUGCUCCAUGGAAGAGAGGAUGGAUCUUGCCUGGUUCGACCUUUCAAGGCAGCCGACCAGUGCAUCCGCUACAUAGUGAGCAUCUGGGCGGCCGAUCAGUUCUACCACCUGUUUGUGAGGCAGGUGGACAGGAGACAGCGGUAUGCCAUAGGUCAAAAGAAGCCACAAGAGCGAUGUUUUGGAUCCCCCUCGGAAAUAGUGGAAUUCUACGCGGAGCAUCCACUACUGUGCACCAACAAGAUCCGGAGUCAGUGCAUCAAACUCCGUCCCAUCAGUUACGCUUAG